AUGUUUGGUGGAGACACGUUAUAUGAACUCCGGGUAUCACUGCAAAAAGCUGAACUUGAAAAGGAAGGAGGCUUUGCUCCUCAUAUUUCCCCUUUCACGGACGUUGCAGAUCUGGGAGACCUAUUGAGUAGAGCGGGUUACACCAUGCUCACCAUUGACACAGAUGAACUGGUCAUUACAUACCCAGCUAUGAAAGAACUGAUGUAUGAUCUUAAAGGUAUGGGUGAGAACAACUGUGCCUGGAACAGGAAACCAAUGCUGCAUCGAGAAACAAUGAAGCUUGCAUCAACCAUAUAUAAAGAUAUGUAUGGUUCUGAAAAAGGGGUGCCUGCAACAUUUCAGAUUAUUUAUUUUAUUGGUUGGAAACCAGACAAAUCUCAGCCCAAGCCAGCAGAACGAGGGUCUGGCCAGUUUUCACUAAAAGACAUCAACAGGCUUGACCAGCUGGUGAAGUCUGUCAACGAGAUUAAAGAUGACACUAGUAAGAAGGCGGAGAACGUAACAGACAAAAAUGACAGUACUAGCAGUGAAAAGAGCUGA